AUGUCUGCCGUUCCAUUUCCAUCUCUAAUUCCACCUGUUGCUACUCUUUGCUGUAAUUCAACAGCAUUACGUGGCCAACGGCUACCAGCCACAGGUGUCGUUGCUUGUAGAUAUUUAUUUGACCAUAAUCAAUGGGAAGCCGAGCUACAAACAUUCUAUACACAAGAAAAACACUUUUGCUUGUUAAUUGACCAAAUGUUCCAAGCCACUGCGUUUUUACGUGGUUUAAAUCAAAACCAAUAUGUUCAUUCCAUUUAUUUGUUAAAUGUGGGAAUGGCUCUUACCAACGGGGAAAAUUACGCGAAGCUAAUUGAUAUUUACGAAUCGAUCGAUAUAAUGUACCACGAGAUGUUUCAUCAGAUGGCUCUGUACUGUAUUGGUGAAGCGAUAACAUUGAGGUUUCUAUCGACGGAAGCGAACGAUGUCUGCGAGCAAUUUGCACGAAAAUACGAGCUUAUGGCUGCUGAUUUAAGGACAGACUUAUCUUUGGACGUGUUCAUGACUGAUAACACUGAAAGUGCACAAGCUCAAACUUGA